AUGUCCACAGUGAAGCUGCUCCUCUCUUGUCUGCUUUUCAAAGGGGUUGUUGCCUUGUCAGGAAACUUCUGGCACAUUACGGAUCUGCACUUGGACCCAUCAUACAAACUGACCGAUAACCCUGAGCAGGUGUGUAACUCCAGCGGUUAUCGACCUGCAGCCAAUGCCGGGAUAUAUGGAGACUACGCUUGUGACUCACCAUGGCACCUUAUCAACUCUUCUGUGUAUGCCAUGAAGGAUAUAUUGCCAGAUCCAGAUUUCAUUGUAUGGACAGGAGAUGACACACCACAUGUACCAAAUGAGCAGCUCGGAGAAGAAAAAGUGCUAGACAUUGUCAGAAACCUCACUGACAUCAUAACUCAAGUCUUUCCAAACAGUAAAGUAUACUCUGCUCUGGGAAACCAUGACUACCACCCUAAAAGCCAGUUUCCAGGAGGACCGAACUACAUGUAUGACCAAAUAGCGGAUAUGUGGCAACAUUGGCUGGAUCCAGAGUCCCAAAUAACCUUUAAAAAAGGUGGAUAUUACACAGAAAAGCUGCUGAAUCAAACAGGUUUUCGGAUGCUGGUCCUCAACACUAAUCUCUACUAUGACCAGAAUAAGCAGACCCAGGACAUCGAUGACCCAGCGGGCCAGUUUAGCUGGGCGGAUCAGGUUCUUACAGAGGCGGCCAACAACAAAGAGAAGGUGUACAUCAUUGGCCACGUUCCUCCAGGUUUCUUUGAGAAGAAGAGAAGUAAACCGUGGUUCACGUCAAAGUUCAACGAGAAAUACUUGGAGUUAGUUCAGAAACAUCAUUCUGUCAUACUCGGACAGUUCUUUGGCCAUCAUCACACUGAUGCCUUCCGCAUGUUCUAUAACUCAGACGACACUCCAAUCAGUACAAUGUUCCUCAGCCCAGGGGUCACACCAUGGAAAACAUCACUGCCUGGUGUUGUGGACGGAGCCAACAACCCUGGAAUUCGUGUCUUUGAAUACGACACCCAAACACUCCUGGUUAAAGAUGUGGUGACCUACUAUCUGAACCUGACUCACGCUAAUGCAGCCAAGGAACGCUGGGAGAAGGAAUACAGGCUCACAGAGAGCUUCAGAGUACCAGAUGCCUCCCCAGCCUCCAUGCACCACGUUCUGGAGCUUAUGGCUAAAGACCGCUGCUACCUACAGAAGUACUAUGAGUUCAACUCGGUCAGCUAUGACCUGAAAGAGUGUGACAGUGACUGUCGUGUUGACCAUGUAUGUUCAGCCAGGGAGGUAGACUUCAAAAAGUAUGACUCCUGUCUAAAGACAGAAGGGUCUGCUUCAGCAAUCUAUGGCGGGUUGUUGCCAGUGUUGUCUGUGGCUGUAAGUCUGGUGUUGGCCAACAGGUAA